CUUUCUUCGUCCCUCAAUCGACUCGUCCAUACCCGCCUUCAUCGUUCUCGUCGCCGUCGCUUGUCCGAUGCCACCAAAGGGAUCGAAGUUGAUCUCAGGCCAAGGCUCACUUGCAGGCUACUUUUCAGGAGGAAAGAUCACUCGGGCUGAAGAAGCGCCGUCCGCUGGUGGAGGCUCAUCAUCCAGUGCCACACCAAGCCCGGCAAAGAAGGCAAAGGGUGCCAAAGCAGACACAAAGUCAAAGGGAGGAGCAUCCUCGUCCAAGGCGGCCUCACCACCUGCACCUAUUAUCAAGGAAGUCGACAGCAAGAUCACUGUUCGAGGGUACACGCCAGCAAAGUCACCAGAGCUGUCUCCCGUCAAGAGCAAAGCGCCACCUGUUAGAUCUCGAGCUCCAAUCAAGGACGACAGCGACGACGAAGACUCAAACAUGGUCGCGACAUCGUCCAAGGCAGGCGAUGGCAGCGCAGGUCAAUCUAAAUACUUUGCCUCUGGUGGCAAGAAGAAUAGCUCAUCGUCGCGAGCAAAGAAGGAAGUGAUCGACGUGGACGACGAUGAUGACUAUGAGGAAGAGGCACCAAAAGCCAAGGGUAAGCGGGCUGCACCAAAGGCCCCUCCCGCUCGAAAGGGCCGCAAGGUCAAAGACGAGGAUGAGGAUGAGGAAGGCGACGACGAUGAUGACGGCUUUGAGCAUGAAGACGAAGAUGAAGACGAGCCACCAAAGAAGAAGAGCAAGACCGCCUCGGCCAAGAGCACGCCAGCCAAAGGCGCACCGAAGAAACCAGCUGGUGCCAACGCAGGUGGAUCCAAGGCAUCGGCCAUUGACCUCGACGACGAGGAACAAGACGAGAAACCCAAGAAGCAAGCCGCCAAGAAGGACACUUCAGCAGACAACAAGGUCGACCAAGCCGCCCUCGCAGCCUCGCGAGCUCGCGCCGCAGAAGGUCCAAGCAAUCCCGGUUCGAAGGAGAUUCCUGAGGGCAAGCCCAACUGCCUCGCCGGCCUGACCUUCGUCUUCACCGGCCAACUCGAGAGUCUCGCACGCGAAGAUGCCCAAGCCUUGGUCAAGCGUCUAGGCGCCAAAGUUACUGGUGCUCCGUCUUCCAAGACGUCAUUUGUCGUUCUCGGCGAGGAUGCAGGUCCUUCCAAGCUGAAGAAGAUCAAAGAGGCCAAGAUCGACACCCUCACCGAAGACGGCUUGCUUGACCUCAUUCGCAGCCGCGGGGAUCAACCUAUGGACGAGGAGACGAAGAGAAAGCUUCAAGAAGAGAAGGACAAGAUCAUGAAGCUGGCGGCAAAGAUGGAGGUCAGCGAAAACGGUGCUGGCACGGGAAGCAAGGGACCCAAGGCCGUCGAUCAUGAUCUGCAGUCGCUGUGGACCGUCAAAUACGCCCCCUCGCAAGCGAAGGAUCUCAUGGGGAACAACAAGCAGAUCGAGAAGCUCAAAGAGUGGCUAGAAGCUUGGCCCUCCUCGCUGGCCGCCAACUUCAAGAAGCCCGGCAAGAACGCUACGAACAUCUAUCGCGCCAUGCUCAUCUCUGGUCCACCCGGUAUCGGCAAGACGACGGCGGCUCAUCUCAUGGCGAAACUGUGCGGCUACGCGCCCAUCGAGCUCAAUGCUAGUGACACGCGCAGCAAAAGACUCAUCGAGGACAGCCUCAAGAAUGUCAUCAAUAACAAGAGCUUGGACGGCUGGUACAACGGCAGCGGUGGUGGAGGCAAGAUGGAAGUCCAGGGCGUGACGAUCACCGAUCGCAGCGUUCUCAUUCUCGACGAGGUGGACGGCAUGUCAGGCGGUGACCGCGGCGGCAUUGGCGCCAUCAACCAGCUAAUCAAGAAGACGCGCAUUCCCAUCAUCCUCAUCGCCAACGAUGCCAAGAGUCAGAAGAUGAAGCCCUUCCAGAACACAUCCUAUGCUCUGCCCUUUCAGCGUCCAAAGGCCGACUCGGUCCGCGCACGUCUUCUCACCAUCGCCUACCGCGAGAAGCUCAAGAUUGACAAGAAUGUCAUGGACCAGCUCAUCCUCUCAGCUCAGAGCGACCUUCGCUCAGUCAUCAACAUGCUGUCUACUUUCCGCCUUGGUCAGAAGGCCACGAUGUCCUUCGACGAGGGCAAAGCUUUGGGCGCGGCCAACAUGAAGGAGGGCGUCGGGAACCCGUUCAACGUGUACAGCGAGCUCUCCUCGCACGGGACCUGGGCGGCCUCAUCCAAAAAGAAUCUCAAUGCGAAAGCCGACUACUACUUCCAGGACCCGAACAUCAUCCCUCUUUUCGUUGCAGAGAAUUACGCUCGUCAGCAACCGCAGCGAGUUUCGAGCAUCAAGAACGAGAAGCAAAAAGAGUUCGAAGCUCUCAAGCUCGCCAAUCGUGCCGCGUCCAGCAUCUCAGAUGGGGACGUGGUCGACUCGAUGAUCCACGGACCACAACAGCACUGGGGCCUCAUGCCUUUGCACGCCAUUGUGAGCACCGUCCAGCCCAUGUCCCUUAUGCACGGCAUGACCGUACAGGGGGACAACAGGUGGGGGCCCGCCUUCCCUGCUUGGCUCGGCAACAAUUCAAAGCAACAACGCCUAGCUCGGGCCACAGUCGAGUUGCAAGUCAAGAUGCGUCUCUCAGCCUCUGGCUCCAAGUGGGAGGUGCGUGAGCAUUACGCUCCUUAUCUCUUCGACGCACUCUCCCGUCCGCUGGUCGAUAACAAGGAAAAGGAAGAGGCAAUCGAGGAGGUGAUCAAGGUGAUGGACGAGUACUACCUCGGCCUAGAGGACAGAGACAAUGUGCUUGAGCUCGGCAUUGGCGAGCACAAUGGCGAUGCCCGUAUGAAGAAGGUGCCCACUGCGACCAAGUCCGCCUUCACUCGCAGCUAUAAUGGACGCUCCCACCCUAUCGCCUUCCAGAAGGGCGAGGCUGGAGCGGCGAGGGCAAAAGCGAAGCAGCUCAAGGGUGACGGGGUACCUGAUGUUGAGGAGGCGAUUGUCGAGGACGAUGGAGAGUACGACGUCGAGGAUAUGAGUGACGACGACGAUGAUGUGGACGUGGGGAAGGACAAGAUGAUCAAGGAGAAGAAGCCAAAGGCGAAGGCGAAGGCCAAGAAAUAAUGACGGGGGAGGAAGGGGAGAUUCCACGCUCAGUGCAGUCAUAUUCCAUCUCGUCAAGCUUCUCCUACGCGCGAUGCAGUCCGUUGCGAGCAUGAUGCAAUUGCGAUCGUGACCAUCAGGGGCGUCAUUGUCUCUCUUGCUUUCCCCUUCGCUGCGGCGAAUGCUCCAUCCCGCUCUCUUCUCAUUCGCUCCGCUCAAAAGAAGCUCCUUAAUCUAUCCUGCAGCACCUUCAUCCCACUGACCGUCUCUCUCGUUUCUGCCUCCAUGCCUCCACUUCC